CACACUUCUCUAACCUCUCCUUGCUCUUUUACUGGUUCUUCAUUUCCUCCAAAACCCUUACCCAACUACUCUAAGCAUCAUUGAAAAGGCUUGUAAAGUCAUUCCUAUGAGAAACAAAACCUCAAGGAGUGGGUAAAGAGCAAUAAAGAUGGAUGAUUGAGCCAUUUCAUCUGAGAAUUUGGUGGUUGUGCCAAAUUAAGAGCCUUUCCUUUAUUCUUCUCUGGUGAAGGUUCGUAGGAUUUGCUUCAUCAAAGUACUCAAAAAAAGACCAAGAAAGAAAGCCACAAAGCUAGAAGAGUGAAAACCAAGAACUUCACCUGACCACCCCUACUUGACCUAGCUAGGGUUUGAGGUAACAAAGCUCUAAAAAUGGACCCAGUCACAGCACACGGCCGUCCUCUCCCUCCUCCUUUCCUAUCAAGAGAUCUUCAUCUACACCCCCACCAUCAAUUCCAACACCACCACCAACAAAACUCUGAGGAUGAACAAAGCCGCGGUAACGGUGGCCUAGACCGCCGCCAGAAACGAGAUCGUGAUGAAAUUAACACCACCGCCAACACCGUCAAUGUCACAAAUACCGCCACUACAACGACUGAUCAAGACCAGGAAUUCGGCUCAGGCGCCAUUGGGGAGGGUGACAUGACAAGAUCAAGACCCAGAGGCAGACCCACUGGCUCCAAGAACAAGCCCAAGCCGCCCAUCAUAAUCACCCGCGAUAGUGCAAAUGCCCUCCGAUCCCACGUUGUCGAAGUCGCUAAUGGUUGCGAUAUCAUGGAAAGUGUUUCCACUUUCGCGAGGCGGAGGCAAAGGGGGGUAUGCAUUUUGAGUGGGAGUGGCACUGUCACUAAUGUCACCCUAAGGCAACCUGCUUCACCCGGUGCUGUUGUGACUUUACAUGGGAGAUUUGAGAUUUUAUCUUUGUCAGGGUCAUUUUUACCCCCUCCUGCGCCACCGGCGGCCUCGGGGUUGACUAUAUAUCUAGCCGGCGGUCAAGGCCAAGUGGUGGGUGGGAGCGUCGUUGGUCCGCUUCUGGCAUCUGGUCCGGUGGUAAUAAUGGCAGCAUCAUUCGGUAAUGCAGCAUAUGAAAGGCUUCCUUUGGAGGAUCAGGAAGAGCCCCCGGUUCCAAUUCCGGGAAGUGGACCGCUCGGAUCCCCAGAAAUUGUUGAUCAGCAACAACAACAACUACUGCCUGAUCCUAAUACAUCUCUCUUUCAUGGCAUGCCCCAAAAUCUUCUAAAUCCAUGCCAAUUACCGGCUGAUGCCUACUGGGGUGGCACGGGUCGCUCUCCUUAUUAAUAAUACAAAAACUGUGUCAUUAUUUCCUCCUCUUUGUUACAUUAAGAUUUUAAUUACGUACGUUAUUCGCUCGGUCUUUGAUUGAAGCUGAGAAGGAUGUAUAAAUUUAUGAAUUUUCGGUGGGUUGAUUUUAUCUGAAUUGUUCCUCCGGCCAGUACUUCUCCCCAAGUAAUGGUAGCUCAGAGGUUCAUAUAAGUUGGUGAUCACUGAGGAGGUGGCGGGAGUCUGAAGUCUUAAUUUGAAGAAAAUAAGGUCAC